UCACAUGAGCGACUUGCUAAAAAAUAAUCCAAUUUCUAGUGUGUGUUGUAAUACCUCAAUUUCGUACAAAAUUUAGACUUGUCACCGAUUCGUAAUUCAAAACGACUGGUGUUUUUUCUGAGUGAUUUCAUUAAGAUACGUAAAUUACCACAUCACCACUGAAUGACUCUUGUAAGGCAAAUACGCAACAUGAAUAUCAUUCAAUCUGCUGCCACACACAGAUCUGGGCCAGGAGUACAGCAGAAACUAUUCUACCCAGCAGCAGAUCGCAACAAGGAACCUAUUCUCUCCGUCCUACGGCAGUAUAUUUGCUCUGGCCCUAAUCAGAAUCUGCUGGAGAUUAGUUCUGGUACUGGACAACAUGUGGCUCAUUUUGCUGCAUAUUUUCCGCAAGUGACUUUUUAUCCUUCAGAAGUUGACUCCAGACUGUUGGAAAGCAUAUCUAACUACACGAAAUCUUUUGCAAAUGUCAAACCCCCUUUUCUCAUCGAUAUCAGUACUGACUAUUCCAAUUGGGGAGAUACAGUUUUUGAAGAGUCCAACUUUGAUUAUAUUUAUAAUUGUAACAUGGUCCACAUUUCACCAUUUCCUUGUAGCAUAGGCCUUUUCAAAAAUACAGGUAAACUGUUGAAGAAGAAUGGAAUAUUAUUUACCUAUGGGCCUUAUAUGAUCGAUGGUAAAAUAUCUCCAGAAAGUAAUGUUAGUUUCAACGAAUCUUUAAAAACACAGAACCCAGAAUGGGGUCUAAGAGAUGUCAGAGAUUUGGAAAAGUUAGCACAUGAAAAUGGUAUCUACUUAAUGAAAAUUAUUGAUAUGCCAGCUAAUAACAAGACGAUUAUCUGGAGAAAAGAAUAAAUUGAAUUCACUGUUGAUUUGCUUGGACAAAAUGGGUGAAAUUAUCAUGACCAAUUCAUUUUUGUAAAAUUAAGUAAACGUUAAAUUUCGCCCAUUGAAAAAAGCUGUGGUGAUUAGAAAUAUUAUUGACAUACUUCAAUUGUAACCGCAGAAUAAGGAUGUUUAUCUCAUGUGUAUGUAAUAGUUUUUUGUAAUUAGAUGUAUUACACUCGAAUUGUGACCACAUCACUUUUCAAUAUUUUUCAUAUAAUAUGACAUGGGGGCUGACAUAUUUCAGUCACCUCAUUUUUGAAAAUAUUGAAUAUAUCACUUCAUUUUGAUAAUUUGAUGUACAUACAUUUCUUAAAUUGUGACCUCAGCGGUACGGUGCGCAUAAUAUUCUAUUGUGACACUUAUAGUUCAGAUAUUAUCAUUACAUUGUAUUUAAUGCCAAGAUAUUUUCUUUCUUUUGUCGAACAAAAUAAUGUCAAUAAAUUUUAUGAAGAAAGCC